UAAGCAGCUGAGGGGACAAACAACUGGACUUUUCUGAGGAGACCAGUAACUCCGUGCAGUUUUAGAACAGAAGCAGGACCGAACAGCAACAAACAAUCUCCUUCCUCUCUGCAGUCACAUCAUGGAUGAUGCUGAUGCUCUCGUACGCAAGGUCAAUAAAUGGGUGGCUCUUCAGAAGGAAUGUUCCAGGAAGUUGAAGAACCUGGCGGAUGAGCUGGAGGAAGCGACGAAGGCGGCCAACGUGACCAAAGUCGUCGGCAGCUCGGUGUCGGUGGGGGGAGCAGCUGCCAUGACGGCGGCGGGCGUGUUGACGCUUCUGACCGGCGGAGCAGCGCUGCCUGUUCUGGCUGUAGUGGCAGGUGCGGGAGCAGUGGCUUCUGGGACCGGUGCGCUAACCAGUGUUGGUUCUGAUGUUUACAGCGCCAGCAAGUCCAAAGACAUCAUGGAGGAAGCCCAAAAGGUUCUGGAAGAGCUACAGAGUCUUGAACAGGAAAUGAAAGACCUCAUGAAGUCGCUGAAACGACAAGACUCCAGCUUCUGUCGCCAUGGUGGCGCUGCUGGUGGUGGAGAUGACGACGAUGAUGAUGGCAACGUUAUGGAGUUUGUCAUGAGAUCAAUGGCCAGACAGGAAGGGCUGGAGCUCUCCAGCAGCAUCAUGAUCAGAUCGGUGUUUGGGUUACCGCAUAUCGACAUGUUCAAGAGGAUCAAGGCCAAUGAUAUUAUUCUUGCAGGAUGUCUUAUAAUCCUUACAAGUGCUCUGAUUGCAGUAUCCAAACAAGGAGGGAAGAAAGUGGCUUCAUCUCUGGGGAAAAAAGCAGCUUCAGCAGCAGCUGGAAGUGUUGCAGGAGGAGCGGUCGGGCUUUUCUUUUCUGUUCCUGAGCUGGUCAGUGAUUGCCAAAACCUGGACAACACCGAGACAGAAGCCAGUAAGACUCUGAGGAAAAAUGCCAGGACUAUCCUGACCAGCGCCGAGGAGACGGAGAAAGAACUGCAGAAAAUAAGAGAAGCUCUUAAAAAGUUGGUGAGAAUCAAAUUCAUCAUAGAGAAGGAAACGAGAACCAGAGACGAGAAGAGAGAGCUGAUCGACCACGCAAUUAAUAACACUCCUUACCCAGAGGUCAAACAGUGGUUGAGAGAAAACGCAGAGUCUGAUGUCUUCUUCCAUCUGGUAAAUCUCACCAACUUUAUAGCACAAAAGCUGAAUGAGGAGGCGAAGAAGAAGAAAGGGAAGGAUCGGGAGAAGAAGAAGAUCGAGCUGGUCUUCUUGGCUCAUGGAUCGAUUGUGGACUUGAUGAUUCCUGCCAGAUGUCUGCUGCCUCUGCCGUCCAUCACAGACGUCCUGCUGUAUUCUCCCUGGAACUGCCUCCUGUAUCCUGAAGCGGCCUACAGCAUCGCUACAGGAAGCAUCCAGCCUCACCACCGGCAGUUUGGAUGCACCAAUCCAGACCUGUGCCCUUUUCUUCCAGCAGCUCAUACGUCAUUUCGCCUUCCUCAUAGCUGGAACUCAAUGAGAAAUACUGGACUUCAGUCUGUCCCCAUCAUCAUGGUUAGUCCUGUAGCAAAAAUAGGAGACCCUGCGUUCGCAGCUUUCAUUGCUCUAGCAGCACAUUUUGGUGAACCAGCAGCCAAUCGGUAUCUCAUCCCGUACCUCGCUCCCUGGAUCGGCAAAGUGCCCUUCUUCAUCGUCACAUUGGCCAUGUCUCUGGUGCUGUUUUUCUCAGGAUAUGAAGCCACUGUCCACCUGGCUGCCUGCCUGGGAAAGUCACCUGGAAACGCAGUAAUGCAGGAGGAGUAUCUGCAGUGGCAGUACGCCUACGCUGUGGACAACACCGGCAUGACCGUUCCAAGAGAAUCGAUUCGCUACAUAGACGGCCCAGUGUUUAAUAUGUUCAAGGCUGUUUUUGGUGACGAGUCUCCAUUCUUUUAAUGAUUGAUCAAACUUGGAGAAGUUGAUGGUCUGAAUCACUUCACCUUACCCAAAUUGAUCCAUUCCUUGAAUUGAUUCCUGCCAGAUUUCUGCUGACCAUCACAGACGUCCUGCUGUAUUCUUCCUGGAACAGCCUCCUGUAUCCUGAAGCAGCCUACAGCAUCGCUACAGGAAGCAUCCAGCCUCACCACUGGCGGUUUGGAUGCUAUGCUAUUGAUCUCCUGAGACUUCUCAUGAUGUCCAUGAACCAUUAUAUCUGCCCUCAAGAUGGAACUCAAUGAAGGACGUUGGAUUUUAAAAAAUCCCUAACAUCUUGGUUAGUCCGUUUGUAAAUAGAAACUCUGCAUAAACCAACCAGUAUCUCAUCAGGUUCCUUGACGAGGAGAUCGGCGCAGUUUCCUUCUUUGCCGUCAUGUCUGCCCUUUCUCUGGUGCUCCCUCUCUAUGAAUAUGGAGCCACCGUCCAUCUGGCUGCCUGCCUGGGAAAAUCACCUGAAGAUCCGGUAAUGCAGGAGGAGUAUUACCGGAUACAGUGCAGGUAGCCUGCACUGUGGACAGCACCACCAUGACCUGUCCACCACAAACAAGUUGAUGUUUGACGCUUUCAAGAAGGUUUAUGGUGAUGAGUCUCCGUCCUCCCAAUGGCGAAUCCAGAGCUGGAGAACGGAAACAAGAGGGUGGACGUUUUACGGCAUUUUUUUCUAAAUGGUUUUCUCUAGAGAACUGGUUAAUUUCCAGUAAAUUAAUUUCCUGCA